UUGACAAUACACAUCACAUCCAUACAAUCCAUGGAUGUACCUCCUAACUAAAGCUAUGCGCUACCGAUGAAGAUGGAUUUUGAUUGAAUUUUUCGAUGACUGAUUCUUUGCCUUUUCUUCGGUGAACUUGGGAUCGUGAAAAAACCAGAGGGUAAACAUUGCUACGUUCUAACAAGCAGCCAACAGACAACCUCACAACCUACCCAUCCAGAAUCUGCGCAAAAGAGUCACCAUCCAGUAAAAGUCCCAUCCCAUCCAACCCACACUCACCCCAAAAUGUGCAAAUCCCCCCUCCACAACUUCCUCGCCUCGCUGCCCAAAGCCGAGCACCACAUACACCUCGAAGGGUCUCUCGAGCCCGAGCUCCUCUUCUCGCUGGCCGCCAAAAACAACAUCACUCUCCCCGUCAGCACCGACGCAUCCUUCGCCUCCCCCGCGUCCCUGCGCAAGCGGUACUCCGCGUUCGCGAACCUCGACGACUUCCUCGCGUACUACUACAUCGGGAUGUCGGUGCUGCUGCACGCCGCGGACUUCGAGGCCCUCGCGUACGCGUACUUCGCCAAAGCCGCGGCCCAGAACGUCAGGCAUGCCGAGGUGUUUUUCGAUGCGCAGGCACAUACGAGGCGCGGCGUUGCGCUGGAGACGGUUGUGGACAGUUUUAAGAAGGCGCAGGUUAGAGCAGAAAAAGAUUUCGGAGUUAGCUCAGAGCUGAUUAUGUGUCUGCUGCGCCAUCUGCCUCUGUCGAGUGCCUUGGACACGUUUGGGUUGGCGAGGGGGAAGGGGUAUUUUAGGGAUGGGACGCUGAGGGGUAUGGGUAUGGAUUCGUCUGAGGUGCCGUUUCCGCCGCCGAUGUGGACGGAGUUGUAUGAGGCUGCGAGGGAGGAGGGGAUCCGGACGACGUGUCAUGCGGGGGAGGAGGGCCCGCCGGGUUAUGUUUCCCAGGCGUUGGAUUUGUUGGGGGUGCAGAGGAUUGAUCAUGGUGUUCGUGCUCUGGUGGAUGGGGACGAUGCGCUGGUUGCGCGUCUUGCUGCUUCGAAGACUUUGUUGACGAUGUGUCCUCUGUCGAAUGUUAAGCUGAAUUGCAUUUCGUCGAUGAGUGAGUUUCCGCUGAGGAGGCUGCUGGAUGCUGGGGUUAGGUUUAGUAUUAAUAGUGAUGAUCCGGCUUACUUUGGGGGGUAUAUAUUGGAGAACUACUGUGCCCUUCAGGAAACCUUUGGGUUGAGUAUUAGGGAUUGGGAGAUGAUUGCGAAGGGAGCCAUAAUGGGUAGUUGGUGCACCGAAGAGAGAAUAGCCAAGUUGUUGGUUGAAGUAGAAGAUGUCGUCGAGGAAUGGGCGAGGCAAUUCGAGGAGCAAUAAUGAUUACCUACCUACUUUCUAAGUAGGCUCUUGGCUCAUUCUGCUCAUUCUUCA